AUGUUUCAUUUCCAGAAAGUAAUUUUUCUAAUCACUACUCCAUUUUCCAUCGUCGCAAACUUUAUUCUUACUUUGCUGAUUAUUUCAAAAUCCCCGCCACAAAUGGGUAACUAUAAGCAUUUGCUGAUAGGAGUUUCAGUGUUCGAAAUAUUCUAUGCAGUGUUGGAUUUUGUAUCCGAGACUACAGUGCUUUCAAUUAAACGAUCGUUUGCUGUAGUGGUUCCGUAUGAGGAACGAUUUUUCGGAAAAGAAAUUGCUAUGAUUCUGAACUGUGCGUACUGUGCUUUUUCCGGAUUCUCCUUGGGCAUGUUCGUGAUUAUAUUCGCGUAUCGGUACUUUGUAGCAACUGGAAGCAUACUUCUCCAAAAGUUUGAAGGCAUCAAGAUUUUAACCUGGUUUUCAUUUCCCAUUUCAUAUGCUAUUAUAUGUUUUUUGUUGGAUUGGAUUCCUCUUAGCUCUUCUCCAGAGAUGGAUACUGUUGUGAGAGAUGCUAUGUUAAAUGAGCUGAAUACGACAUUGGAUAAGGUUGUAUAUACGGGGCCAUUGAUAUUUUCAACGCACGAUAAUUCAUUGCAAUUUACUGCUUUCCUGACUUUUGUUCUGCAAUCGGUAUUAACGACCACCUCAUUUGCCCUAAUCAUAUUUUUUGGCCUGCGUUGCUACUUAAGUAUCGGAAAAUUGGUAGAUCACACGGAUCUUCGAUCCGUCGGACUGAAACAAAUUCAGAAGCAAUUAUUUGUCGCGUUGGUGUUUCAGUUGCUACGACAAUUGCAUUAUUCCCGGCUAUUGAUCCACUUCCAACAAUUUUCAUAGUCAAAAGCUAUCGAUCUGAAAUAUUAAAAAUUUUUUGGCCCUUGGGAAUUAGGUGUCAGGAGCAGUCAACAGCUGUGGGACAUGUGGAAAACAUUAUAAAAGUUUUGUAAAU